UCCUUUUACAACAUUGUCUCAUCCUCUUAAGGGUUGUAGGAUGUAAAUAGAGUGACUAAAAAUAUAGGACCAGGGACAGGAUGCAUUGAAUCUGUAUAGUGCAUUUAGUAGGGAAAUGAAUACAUUUAGCCUAAGUGCUAUAGUAUAUUUUGAGUGAAUAAAAUAUGAAGUACUGAUAAUAAGACCUAUUGAAUCUGUGUCUUAUAUUCCAAAGAAAAGAUAGAGGCUGUACGAUCCCUUUGUAGGUCAAUAUUUUUGGUUUUUAUGGGUGUGUAGGUAGGUGAGUUUUUACAUGUUUUCCUGUGUUUUUGAAGGUUCACUGUAUAAUUUUGCAUGUAUUUUAUUGGUGUUUUUGAAAGCAUUUUGAAGUUGGUCUGUGUUAAGGAAUGUUACGGAGUGUGUAGUAGUCAGAUGGUUUCACAGUAUGUGCUUGCUGGGUGUCCGCAUGUUUGUGCGCAUAUGUCCUUGAUUUUCUAUGCCAAAGCAUGAUAUCAUCAUCUUGCACCCUCUGUAGUGGUUUUUUCCAUUCUGGUGUGUGCCAGGUUAUUCUAUGUUUGUCUACUGUCUUUUUUGCUUUGAAAUAACCAGGGUCACAUGAUAUUAAGAACAUGAUAAACUGGAUUCAAGUUAAUUCAGUUCAAGUCAGGAUUAUGAAAUCAGUAGCAAAUGUAUAUUUGUCUCUUCCUCUCUCUUCUCAUUUCAGAACAAACUCUGUUCCAAGCUUCACAGGUCCACCACAUCUCCUGUUUCAAGCCUGAUCGAUCUGCUUUCAUGUAGACUUUGCUGUUGGUCUGAUAUGCCUGAUGGAAAGUCUCUAAAAUAGGAGCAAAAGAAUAAUGGCAGGGAGCUUACAGUGAAUAAUAUAUAGAUAAAUAAAAUCAUUAGCUAGACAGAACUGGAUUUAUCCAAUUUGAGGUUCAAGCAGAGACUAUAAACUGUAGCUUCACAGCUCUGACAAGCAUAAUAUGUUUACAAAUUUCUAACUAUUCCUGUAUUUCACAUAAUUAUCUACAAUCACCAUCAAAGAAAGCAAAAAAGUAAAAUACAUAAUUUGAAGCAUAAGAAGAUGGAUGGUCCAGCAUUAGGCCACCUCGUUCUCUCUCUCUCUGGGAUCUUCCUUCUGUGUCCAUUGUUGGUGAAAACUCAGAAUGACACAGAGCCCAUUGUACUAGAGGGGAAGUGUUUGGUAGUGUGUGACUCCACUCCAACUACAGAACCAGGAGGUAAUGCACUGGGAAUGUCAGUUCGCUCCGGUUCGGGACGCGUUGCCUUUUCUGCUAUCCGCAACAAUAACCAUGAACCAUCAGAGAUGAGCAACCGGACAAUGACUAUUUAUUUUGAUCAGGUCUUGGUAAACAUUGGCAGCCAUUUUGACCCUGCACGGAGCAUCUUCCUGGCACCUAGAAAAGGGGUGUACAGCUUCAGCUUCCAUGUCGUCAAAGUUUACAAUAGACAGACAAUACAGGUAAGCUUGGUGUUGAAUGGUUGGCCAGUGAUUUCAGCCUUUGCAGGGGACCAGGAUGUGACACGUGAAGCGGCAACCAAUGCAGGACUGAUUACCAUGGAGAGAGGAGACAAGGCCUACCUCAAACUUGAGCGAGGAAACCUAAUGGGUGGCUGGAAGUAUUCAACCUUUUCUGGGUUUCUUGUUUUCCCUUUAUAGAAGGCAUCAUUUUUCAGAACUGUUCAUAUACCCUAAUUUCAUUCUUCUUUUUUUUCUGUUUUGAGCUAUUUAUCAUUAUAUUCCUAUGAUUUGCAUUAGCUACAUGAAUGACAUCUGAAACAGAUCAGAUGAAGACACUGGAACAAAUGUGUGACAUCCUGAUGUGGGAAUUUUAUUAAGAUCAAAGUGCAAACGGUUACAGAUGGAUACAUGGCCACAUACUCAUUUCUAUUUAUUAUCACCAGUGCCAUCUGUUAAUGUGGCAAAACAG